AUGGCCUGCAACAGCCUCUGCCGUCCCUGCGGACCCACCCCGCUGGCCAACAGCUGCAACGAGCCCUGUGCCCUGCAAUGCCAGGAUUCCCGUGUCAUCAUCGACCCUGCCCCUGUGCUGGUCACCCUGCCAGGACCCAUCAUGACCUCCUUCCCCCAGAACACCGUCGUUGGAUCCACCUCCUCGGCUGCCGUGGGCACUGAACUCAGUGUGCAGGGACAGCCCAUCUCUGGUGGCUUUGGUGGCUUUGGCUACGGCCUUGGCUAUGGCCGUGGAUUUGGCUACGGGCUGGGAGGCCUGGGCUGCUAUGGCAGAAGGGGUGGCUACAUCUGCUAAGGGACCUCAGCAGCAACCCUGACACCAACCACCAGCUCAGGGCUCUGGCAACAGCUCCUACAAGCAAAGCACUUCAGCUGA